AUAAAUUUAAAUCUCACCAUUUAAUUAUACAUAUCUCCUUUUUCUUCCCUUUAAAUUUGAAGGUUGAAAAAAAAUGGCAGCUUACACUAACAGCCUCCAUAACUCUUCCCUAGGUUGCUGGGAUCUACACAAAAACUUGGGAGUUUUCAACGCAGACAUCUCAUCUUCUUAUCUUCAUAUGGAGAACAAUGCAGCAUCAGACAUGAGUAAUAAUUUAAAUUUUCUCUCGAAUACUGGUUAUCUUGAAGAUGCUUUGAUCGAGUUCAGUGUUAGAUUUAAACGAAGAAGAUUAAUGAUUUCUUCAAAUGAUUAUUAUGAUCAUAAUCAACAUGAUUAUAAUGAUCCCUUUGCUACUCGUUUUGAUGAUCUUAGUUGUUGGAGUAACUGGUUUUCAAACUACAAGAUGGGACUAGAUAAUCAAGAGUCAAGCCAUGCAAGUCUACUCACUCAUGAUGACACCGUGCAUUACUCCUUAGGUGGAGAAAUAAUGGAGAAACCAAUGAAGGAAAUGUACGAGGAAGUCCUAAAUUAUGAAGAGACGAACACAUUAUUAUUAGAUGAAGCAAUUAAAAGUUCUUUGAUCUCCAAACCAAGUUCAUUCAAUUCAAAUUCUACUACUUUUGCUUACAAUAGUGACACUAAUUCUACUCAUUCCUCCUCCAUCUCAGUUCUUACAAGAUAUGAAAGGGAAGAAAAAAGGAAAAUGAAAAAGGAAUUAAAUAAUACUACAAAGAUGGUAUACCCAUUUGGUUUAGUAAAGCCAGGAGGAGAAGAAGGGGAUAUUACCCUUCAAGACAUCAACAAAAGGAUUCUAAUGCCUCCUACUAGACCCCUCAAACACCCUGUGGGGGACUUUGCUUGUCGUCCGGCCGUGUCGCCUGACGGGCCCGGUUUAUCCGGCAAGGCCGUGGUGGCCUUGACUAGAAUCCACACCCAAGGUAGAGGCACUAUUACCAUCAUUAGAACCAAGGGUUAGUAAAAGUCAAAGAUAAAGUUGAUGACCUGUCAGCGCUCUCUAAUAUGUUAUAUGCUCUAUUAAAUUGAUUAUCAACGUGAGUGUUACAAUACAAGAUACACCUCAUGAUUUUAAGAUCUCGAGUUAAUGUUUUAUUCAGAUUUAUAACUUCGUAUAAAUUAUCACGAAUCUGUGCUACAAAAGCAAAACACAAAUUUAAAAUACAACACUUAGUUACCAAAUAUGACAAGAAAAGAAUUGUUGUUAAUAUAUGUACCAUUAUCAUGUAUCAUAAUUCAUAGUGUAGUAUAUUAUUGUAUUGUAGAGUAGAUUUUAGUAAGUAUACUAGUUAUGAAUGUCAAUCUCCUUUUGACUUUUAG